GAAACCUAUAAUGGGUUCUUUGGAAUCAGUCACAUUGGCGAAACAUUUUAUAAACUUAAUGAUAAACCCAAUACUCCCGAAGAUUUAGUUCAUUUUCUUGGCCAGUCUCUUCAAAAAGGUUUUUUUCCACCAGGUUGCGUUGUCAUUUUGGAUAAUGCACCACUCCAUGGAUAUAUUGAAAUUAUUCCCGCUCUUAUAGAACUAUUUAAAGCAAGAGGCUGCACUCUUGCCUAUCUCCCAACAUAUUCGCCAAAACUAAAUCCAAUCGAACUUUAUUUCUUUUAUAUUAAAAGGAGGUUUUACAACAAA